CGUCGCUCGGCUGCAGACGGUUGGUAGCUGUUAACGGGAAAGUUUUCGGUUGUCUAAUUCUUCGAAUCAGUCGAAACGUGCGCAUAUUUCUUUUUGUUUAUAUUCAAAAUUAUAACGAUAAAAAGUCAUAAUUAAAAGUAAAACGUACAUGCGGCAUGCGUUUUAUGUGUGUAUCGAAAUAAAUUCGUUUCGAAUAUAACAACAACAAUUACCAUAUUGCGGUAUAUUUACAUACUGCUUAUGUAUACUAUGUAAUUGCGAAAUAAUUUGUUUACAUUUCGAAUCUUUUGGGUGGUUUCUGAAUUUCAACUUUUGUGUGCGCAAAUUUUUCGGAUUUUAUAAGUACAUAUGUACAUAUAUCGUGUCUGUGUUUUGUGUAAUUGCUGAAUAUCUAAAUUUAAUACAAUACAAAUCGGAAUUAAAUAUCUUAAGACUGUGCCUGAUUUAAUACCAAAUUGUAGCUUGAAAUGGAAGUCACAAAUUACGAGUAAACCAUUUAAAAAUUGAGAAUCUUAAUCUGAUCUCGAAAAUGAAACAGUUUUUUAAUCUUAUACGCUGUGACCAGUUAACUGGUCAAGUACGUGCCACAUAUGAUAAUUUGCAAACCGAUAUUUGUGGCAUAGAUCGUAUUAAAUAUGUUUUAACUUGCUGCUCCAUAUUUAUGCUGAUUGUGGGAUGCGUUUUUAUCUGGAGAAAAUAUGAAAAGUGCCAUAAAACUUUGCUAGCAUUUCACAAUUUGCGCGCAGCUGUUUUGCUGCUUCUGCUGGCCGUUAAUAGUCUGGAGUUGGCCAGGAGUCUGUUGCCACAGCGCAAUGUCGAGCAACUGAACCAGCUCUUUGAGUCGUCGCCCAUGGAACUGAAUGUUAUGAUUGUCAUCGGUGCUGGCGCCGUUUGGAACGCUUUGGCCGCCAUUCUGUUCACAAUUAUGCUAAUGUGCUAUCAUCGUCUGCUUGAGCGCAAAAAGGUGACAGACUUCUUGUACGGCAGCAUCGCCGUGGAAAUGUUGAUUUUCUUACUGCGCAUCGAUGAGUUAGCCGAGGUGUUCUAUUAUGAAGAUUUCUUGGAACUGGAGACCAGCUUGGUCAGCAUCACCGUGCUCAGCUUAUUGACAUUGGCCGUAUUUGAUGGAUAUACCAUUUAUAAAGAGCGCUAUCGGGACGACUAUGAGGAGGAUUAUGAUCGUAUUGGCUAUAAACAUUCCCAUGCCACAUUCUAUUCCAAAACCUGUUUCUGGUGGCUAACUCCGUUACUCUGGUUGGGCUAUAAAGAGCCUCUUGAACUGGAAGACCUUGGUCAUAUGCGCUUGGAGGAUAGUGCUAGGGCACAUUACGACCGAUUUCUGUAUAUAUACACGGAAAAGGAGAAAAAAUCGAAUAUGGCGCCUUCGUUGUGGUAUUGCUAUAUAAAGAACAGUUGGCGCAUGUUUGCAUUGGGCGGCAUUUUAAAGUUGGCCGGUGAUUUAUUUGCAUUGAUUGGUCCACUUGCCAUACAGCAAAUAGUGCAAUAUAUUGAGGGACUCUAUGCGGCAGCACAGGAACAGCCCCAAACGGGAGGUGAUGGCACUCCUAAUGCAGCCACAGAUGUUGCCGAUGAUGUUGUUUACUAUGAUGAUGUUGAUGAUGAGAUAUUCAGUAUGGGUAUGGGUAUGGGUAUUGGCAUUGGUGAUGUGAGAAUUUACUAUGCCAGAUGGUGGGAUUUGUUAACAAAUGGCUGGAGCAUUGCUUGGCUUGUAUUGUUGGCCGCAUUGGCACAGGCCGCAUUGUCACAGGCCUCAACGCAUGUGCUCAAUAUGACGGGCAUCAGGAUUAAAACAUCGCUACAGGGUCUAAUUUAUCGCAAAAGUUUGCUUUUAAAUGCCAGCAGCGGUUGUGGCAACAAUGCUGCUCAUGGUGAUAAUGAAGCUGAUGAUGAUGGUGGCAACCCUGCCAUUGUAACUGCUCCUACUGCUCAUGUGCAACAAAAUGGCGAAAUUAAGUUGACUCCCAAUGAUACGCCUGCAGAGGUAGAUGCCACACAACAAACAGAGCGUUCAGGCGGCCUUCAUGACAUUGGCGCCAUUACGAAUCACAUGACGGAGGACACUCUCAAUAUUAUGCAAUUCUUUUGGAUCUCUCACUAUGCCUGGGCUAUACCAUUUAAGAUAGCCAUUGUCAUCUACUUGCUGUAUCUGAAGCUGGGCAUAAGUGCGGUGAUUGGUGCUAUUGUCUGUAUUGUCAUUAUGACGCCGUUGCAGUUUCUUAUCGGGAAUGCGAUGUCCAAGAAUGCCGAUGUGAUAGCGAAAUACACAGAUGAGCGAUUGAAGCGAAUACACGAUACUUUAAUAGGAAUCAAGAUCAUCAAGCUUAAUGCCUGGGAUGAAGUUUUUUUGAGAAAGAUUCAAACGGCACGCAAGAAGGAGCUCAAGUAUCUCAACAAGGACUCCAUGUACUGGACAUUUAUGACCAUAUUGACGCAUAUUUCGACGGUGUUGAUCACAUUGGUUACCUUAGCUGUCUAUGUUUACCUGCCUCAGAAUUCUCAACAGAAUUUCAAUGCCAGUCAUCUGUUCUCAGCCUUGGCAUUGUUCCAGCAGCUCACGGUGCCAUUGCUGAUCUUUCCCAUAACGGUGCCAAUUAUUAUAGCGGCAAGGGUAUCCACACGUCGUCUGGAGAGGUUCUUGCAUGCUCCGGAGAUUCAAAAGCAAUUUGAGGGUAUCAGGAAUAUGGCACGUAUUUUAAGUAAGAGUGAUGCUUCUCUGGACAUGUACGAGACGCAGGAAAAGUCGAACAUGAUAUUGCGCACAGCUCAGGCGGAAAAUCGGCUAAAGGAACAACGUCUUGCAUUACGUAUACGCAUUCCCGAACAGCCGCCAUCGCCAGCACCAUUGGCCCAAUCGGAACCCAUUACACCUUUGCUGCAGGGGAAUGGUGAUCAGACGGAAGACAAAUCCCCGCCAUCAUUUACACACGAACUGGGCCACAACAAGCUCGUACAACAGCGUCGUGAACUGCUACGUAAUACUCCCUAUGUGGCAAUCCGUCCUCCCAAACUCUUUGGCGGCACCGCUGAAAAACCUCUGGAGUUUUCUGUAUUGCGUGCGAGGAAUACCGAUAGUUGGCGACGUGAUUCCUUGCUGCUCAAGAUGCCCGAUGAUAUUGCUGUGUCCAUUAAUGAUGGACUCUUCACCUGGCAACCUCAAAGUCAUAUGCCCCUCGUCCAGCUGCAUAUCCAGGAGAUGGCCAUACCCAAGGGCAAGCUAUCCAUUAUUGUGGGUAAAAAUGGCAGUGGCAAGACAUCCUUGCUAUCGGCUCUACUUAUGGAGAUGCCAUUGUUGGCGGGGAAUAUGUUUUGGCACAAAAACUGUACCAUCUCGUAUGUGCCCCAAUGUCCCUGGCUGUUAAAUGACACAAUUCGGGAGAACAUACUAUUUGGGGAGUCAUUUCGUCCAAAACGUUACGAUUUUGUGCUGAAUGCGUGCGCACUUAAACCGGAUAUUGAACUAAUGCCGACUGGCGAUUUUACGAUUAUCGGCGAGCGUGGCAUCAAUCUAUCUGGCGGACAAAAACAACGGAUUGCCAUUGCACGUGCAAUUUAUUCAUCGGCCAACGUUGUCAUAAUGGACGAUCCGCUGUCAUCGCUGGACAAUGAGGUGGGCAGCCAUGUUUUCGAGCAGUGUGUGCGUCAAAUGCUAUUGAAGUCGAACCGCAGCAUCAUCCUAGUGACACAGCAAUUACAGUUGAUCAAGGAGGCGGAUUAUUUAAUUGUGAUGAAAGAUGGCCGCCUGCAAGCUUGUGGCAGUUAUAAGGACAUUGAGCUAAAGCAGCCGCACAUAAUCGCCAAAUGGAACUUGAUAAUUGCUAAGGCAAACGCAAAUGCAAAGGAUCAACCACAAAACUAUGCCGAGCGCACGGCCAGAGAACGUUGGAAACUAUUUAAAAACGUAAGCAAAUUGGGAUUGCAGCGUUCGAUUUCGGUGACUUCGGAAGCGGGCAACGAUUCGGAAAUUGAUGCAAAUGAUGGCAGCACCUUUUUUACGGACAUUCACAAUACACUCAGCAAUGCUGUGCUGGAAGAUGAAGAUGAGGAUGAUGAUAUGCCAGCGUCCUUGUCAAUGGCAAGUGGCAGCAGUUGCGGCUUGCAGUCGGCUGGCAGUUUCAAUCUGCAUCGAAAGCGUUCCAGUGUCUAUGGGUCUCGGCAUCUCAUCUAUGAUGUGCCGCUGCCGAUUGACGAGUGUCAGGCAGAUGAUGUCAUUAUGCGACCGCGUCGUCGGGCCACAUUGCAACGUCGGGGCAGCAGUGCCAGGUCGAGGAACUCGUGGCAUCGCUUGAGCGGUCUGAGCACAGCGACUGCCACAUCCACCUCCAGUACGAACAGUGGCGAUCUGUUGCGUCGCAGCGUGUUGACCGCCAGCUGCAGCAGCUACGCCGAGAGCAGCAUUGAUGGCGGGGACUCGGUAAGUGGAGCAGGCACACCACCGCCAACAGAACUGUGUCCGCGGGCGCUGUCGUGGCAGCCGGCACAGAAAUUGCAUCAUCCGCCGGUGACACGCAAUGUCUCCUCGCCCCCGGCCAUGGAGGCCACUCUUGUGGCAAAUUGUGAGGGGGCACAAACAAUUGCAGCAACAGCGGGUGAAACUCAGUCUCGUGGCAGUUUUCAACAAUUUUUGAGACGCAUGUCCAUGCGGCGUUCUAAUAAGCCAAAGCAUCAUCAUCGUCCGCUCAGCGCAACAAAUUCGAUUCGGAGCAUAUCUGAGGAGUCGAGUGCCGCUGCUGCUCUUUUGCCAACAACAGUUGAAAUAAGUUCAGUGCCAUCAUCGCCUGCCGUUGACAUAUCCAAUCCGCAGGACACAACAACAAACACCGCUUGUGAGACAAAAAUGCACAAGGAUGCGACUCAUGCAACGCCCGUUGCUCCUGUGAAGCAUGUUAAAAUCGACUUCAAAGCGUUGCCAACAAAUGGACGUAACAAUAACAAUAAUAAUAACAAUGAUGACAAUGACGAUGACGUGUCUGACGUGACGUCACUCUCGCUGCAAGCAACACAGCAAGAGAAAGAGCAGCAAGAGAAAGAGCAGGAGCAGGAAAAGCAGCAGGAAAACGAACAGGAAAGGGAACGGAAAAAGGAAGCAUACAAUGAGGCGGUGCAUCGUUCAGGUGGUGCGACAUCAACAGUGGCAACAGCAGCGACGGAUGUGGAACGCAAAUAUGGCCAAAUAUCGCAUCACAUAUAUCUGUUGUACAUGCGAGCCUCCGGUCUGCCCAUAAUCAUUGGCUUUUUUAUUACCGCACUAAUUUGGCAAUGUUUGCGUGUCUACACGGACGUUUGGCUGCAACAUUGGAGCGACCAUGUGCCACUGAAUGUGGCACAACAGCAGCAGCAGCAGCAGCAGCAGGAGAACAAUCCAACGAUGAGUGUGAAUAUGGAAAACGACGAAGUCACGUACUAUUUUCGCAUGUAUGCAACAAUUUCGUGUGUUUGCAUUAUAAUGGCCAUGAUAUCAACACCGGCCGGACAAUGGGCCGGCUGUAAUGCCCGUCGUAAUUUGCACGAUAAACUGUUGCAAACGAUUUUGCAUAAAACUUUACAUUUUUUUCAAGUGACACCGCUCGGACGCAUUGUGAAUCGUUUCAGUAACGAUAUGGCGAUCAUUGAUAAGAAAAUUGCUGCAACUAGUCAACGGUUGCUGCAGUUCUCGUUGCUUUGCCUGUUUGCCGUAUUGAUAAAUGUGAGCAUUACACCCUGGUUUUUGGCCCUUACCCUGCCCAUUUGUGGUGCCUACUAUGCCAUACAAAAGUUCUACAGGUGUUCGGCGCGAGAGCUGCAACGAAUUGAGAAUUCAACAAACUCACCGGUCAUAUCACAUCUAUCGGAGACAAUACAGGGUGUAACCACAAUACGUGCAUACAAUCAGCAAGCACGUUUCACCGAAAUUCUGUUCAAACGUCUCGAGGCGAAUACAAUUGCAUUUACCAUAUUGAAUACGAGUAAUCGUUGGCUGGGCAUAUCGUUGGAUUACCUGGGUGGUUGCAUUGUUUUUGUGGCCAUUGUAACGGCACUGGCAACGGCAAGCGUCAGUUGCAGCAGCUACGCAAAGGAGGCACUCACGACGUCGUCGUCGUCGUCGUCGUCAGGAACUUAUGUCAUCAAUAAAAGCGGCAGCCCCAAGGAACUGACACCAACACCCUCACUGGUCGGUCUGGCCAUAAACUACACGUUGUUGGUGCCGAUUUACCUUAAUUGGGUUGUAAAACUUUUGGCCGAUAUGGAGAUGUAUGCGGGCUCCGUUGAACGCAUCGCACACUAUGCACAUCAGCAGCCCGAGGCGGAGGAGGAGGCGGAGGCGGAGGGGGAGUCAGAGUCGGAGGUGCAACAGAAACAGGACGUUGUGGAAAUCAGCAAUGAAGUCGAUAGGUCGAGGAAUCCUUGUGCCGUUGACAAAGUUUACCCAGGCGCAACGUCAGCUGCCGUUGAUGUUAAUGGAGACACGGCAGCAGUUGGGGCAGCUCACAGCAACGAAGAUGCUGAUAAAUUAAAUGCAGGCAAUGGCAACGGCAACGGCAACGUUAGCUGCAAUCACUUAAACUUGCAACCGGCGUCAGUUGUUGACAAGCUGCAGCAGGCGACGACGAGGAGAAUGAUUAAGGAUAAGAGAAUGACGGCACUUGACGACAAGGUCGCGUUAUCUAAUGAGCCAGCAAGGCGCAUCAAAAUCUACCAAAGCGUUCCAAUUUCGUGGCCACAACGAGGCGACAUCAACUUUGAGAAUGUCAGCCUGCGUUAUGAAGGACAACGUCACAAUGUUAUCAACCACCUGAACUUGAAGAUACCAGCAGGUCAGCGGAUUGGCAUCUGUGGCCGGACGGGCAGCGGCAAAUCCUCGUUGGCUCUAUCCCUAUUUGGAGUAUUACAGACGACAAGUGGACGCAUUUGCAUCGAUGAUGUGGACAUUGAGCAGAUACGAGCAGACGAGCUGCGUACGAGAUUAUCGAUAAUACCACAGGAUGUGCAUUUGUUCAAUGCAACAAUACGUGAAAAUCUCGAUCCGCAUGGUUAUUAUUCGGAUUUGCAAUUGUGGAAUUGCCUUGAAUUGGCACAGCUGAAGGAGUUUGUCAAUGUUCAGUUGCCUCUGGGCCUGGACACUGAAAUCACUGACGGCGGCAUCAGCCUUAGUGCUGGGCAUCGGCAAUUGCUUUGCCUGGCACGUGCCAUAUUGCGAGGCUCCGUCUGCCUUGUUCUGGAUGAAGCAACAAGUACCUUGGACAGCAGUACAGAGCGUGCUCUCCUGAAGGCGGCAGACAAGGCAUUCCAGGGUCGCACAAUUAUUACCAUUGCACAUCGUCUGAGCACCAUACUGGAUUAUGAACGCAUUAUAGUGCUGGAGCAGGGGCGGAUUGUUGAAGACGGUAAUCCUCGGCAGUUGCAGCAACAAUCUAACUCACUUUUCCAUGGACUACUCUAUAAGAGAGAGCAGCUAAAUGGCAGCCAAAGUUGUUGAUUGAAAAACAUUACUUAAUUAUAGUAUGCUAUUUGUAAUUAAAGUUCAAAGAAGAGUUUAGUUCUGGGCGAAUUUAUAUGUAUCCUUUGUAGUUGUACGCCCGUGUGUAAAAUGUGAUUUAUAUACUUUAUACUAUUUUAUAUGUGUACUAUAUAAAAAUAUAUUUAUAUUUUUUAUUGUGUUCCGCA